AUCUCUCAACUUCUCUUUGUUUUCUUCAUCUAAAUUUUGCAUUUUUCUUUCUUUCUUUCUUUCUUUCUUUCUGGGUUUAUUAGAAGAAAGAAACCCCUGAAAUAUUAUACAAUUCAACAAUGAACCGUCUCCUCCUCAGUUGGCCUGAGCCAGUGGUUCGAGUUCAGUCUCUGUCUGAGAAUGGCAUACGUACCGUUCCGGAACGAUAUAUUAAGCCUAUAAACGACAGGCCUGAUCUGAAACCUGGUUCCGAUGAACACGUCGACAUUCCCUUCGUUGAUCUCAGGAACCUGUUCGGCAAAGACCGCGCCCUUCACGACGAUACCUUGAGACGCAUCUCUAGCGCGUGCAAGGACUGGGGUUUCUUCCAGGCGGUGAACCAUGGGGUUAGUGACGAGCUUAUGAAACGCACCAGCGAUGCGUGGCGUGAGUUCUUCGACUCGCCGCUCGAAGUGAAGCAACUGUACGCCAACUCACCGAGCACCUACGAAGGGUACGGUAGCCGGUUGGGAGUCGAGAAAGGAGCGAAACUUGACUGGUGCGAUUACUUUUUUCUCAACUACUUGCCGGUUACAGUCAGGAAUCAAAGCAAGUGGCCUGCACAGCCGACAUCAUGCAGGGAACUGGUUGAAGAUUAUGGUGCCCAAGUUACAAAGCUAUGUGAAAGGCUGCUUAAGGCUAUGUCUAUUAGCCUUGAACUAAAAGAAGACUACCUACAAAAUGCAAUUGGAGGAGAUGAAGUUGGGGCCUGCUUAAGGGUCAAUUUCUAUCCCAAGUGCCCUCAACCUGAACUCACUCUAGGUCUUUCCUCGCACUCGGACCCGGGUGGCAUCACCGUUCUCCUACCCGAUCACGAUGUAGCCGGACUCCAAGUUCUUAACAACGGGAAGUGGAUUACGGUGAAGCCUGUCCCCAAUGCUUUCAUUAUCAAUGUUGGAGAUCAGAUUCAGGUACUCAGCAAUGCAAUUUACAAGAGUGUCGAGCAUCGUGUGAUCGUGAACUCAGAAAAAGAUCGAGUCUCACUAGCUUUCUUCUACAACCCUAAGAGUGAUAUUCCCAUCCAGCCGGCAGAGGAGCUGGUGAAUGAAGAUCAGCCGGCGCUGUAUAAUCCGAUGACAUACGAUGAGUAUAGGCUUUACAUUAGGAUGAACGGUCCUUGUGGAAAAAAACAAAUUGAAUCCUUGAAAGCCAAUAUAUAAUCUCCGUUCUCAAAAACUUUAUUUUAUGUAAUAAAACAGCGUGAGGCAGUUAUCACCUCACUUGAAAUUAAAUAAUAGUUUAUGGUACAGUUUAAUAGAGGUGCAAAAAAGAAUGAGUUUCAUGUUUUAAUUA